CACUGCGCGGCGCCGCCGGUGAAAACUACAACUCCCAGCAUCCCCUGCGCGUCGGAAGCGCGUCCCGGUACCGGGGCCCGGUAUCGGCCUGCCGAGGCUCCCUGCUGCUGCGGAGGCCGGCAGUGUGAAGUCAUGGCUAUCCUCUUUGCUGUGGUGGCCAGGGGCACCACCAUCCUUGCCAAACAUGCCUGGUGUGGAGGAAACUUCCUGGAGGUGACAGAGCAGAUCCUGGCGAAAAUUCCAUCUGAAAACAACAAACUGACCUAUUCACAUGGGAAUUACCUGUUUCAUUACAUCUGUCAGGACAGGAUCAUAUAUCUCUGCAUCACAGAUGAUGACUUUGAAAGAUCCCGAGCCUUCAGCUUCCUGAAUGAAAUCAAGAAGAGGUUUCAGACCACCUACGGCUCCAGAGCACAGACAGCCCUUCCCUAUGCAAUGAACAGCGAGUUCUCCAGUGUCCUGGCUGCCCAGCUGAAAUACCACUCAGAGAACAAGGGCACUGACCAGGUGGCAGAGACACAAGCUCAGAUUGAUGAACUCAAAGGAAUCAUGGUUCGGAACAUAGACCUUGUGGCACAAAGAGGAGAGAAGCUGGAGCUGCUGAUUGAUAAAACAGAGAAUCUUGUGGAUUCGUCAGUCACUUUCAAAACCACCAGCAGGAACCUUGCAAGAGCCAUGUGUAUGAAGAACCUCAAGCUCACCAUCGUCAUCAUCAUCAUCUCCAUUGUUAUCAUCUACAUCAUCCUGUCAGCUGCCUGUGGUGGGCUGGCGUGGCCAAGCUGUGUGCCGAAGUAACCAGGGGCAGCUGGAGCUGCUCACUUGGAGAGGGGAAUCCCAGGAGUGUGAAGAAGCAACCCACAGAAUAACUCAGUCCUUCACUGCUGACACCUUCUCAUUCUUCCAUCCCUCCAGGACUUCAGACGUUUGCCUUAUCACCCCCAGCAGGCCCAGCUGGUCACUGCUCCUGGGCAGCUGACCCUCAAGGAUGGGCUGGUUUAAAUUACUUGAAGGGAUUUGAUUUUAUUUAUUAUAUUUUUAUUUUAAUCCCUUUUUCUGUCCCCACUACAACCUGUUUGCUCGUGUAGCUAUGUGAGCAGAGGAGAGUCCUGCAGCAGCUCUGCUGCCCAGCAGGGAGGUGUCUGGGGUGGGACAGGAUGGGUGGCCAGGAAUUUCCACUUCCUACCACCCGUGGAGGUGCCGUGGUGUUUCCCCACGUGGAGGCUGCAGGUGUAAAACUGGUGUAACAGAACCAAAUGGCUUUUGGGCUGGGGCUUUACGUGGUGUGAGGUGUGGGUGCUGCUGUACAGAAUCUCCCUGGAGCUCUUUCUGCAGCUGGUAGGAGAGGCUGUGGGGUCACCUCAGCCUUUGGGAAUGGCUGCCUCUUCAUCCUCACUUCUUCCUCAUCUCCCCUCUCCUCCUCCUCCCCCUUUAAUUUGUGGCUAAAUCAGGACAGUAAAGGAGAGGGUUGCACACAGUGAAGGCUGCAGCAAUGUAUCUGCUUUCUCACCUGUUAUUUCUCCUGUUCUUUUGAGGGUGGACUAAAAUGAAUACUAAUGUUCUCACUUGGUGAGGUGAAAUGGGGGCCAAUGGAGUGACCUGGCUUGCUGAGGUGUCAGUGUCUGCUGCUUGUGCUUCUCCUCUGCAGCUCUGUGCUCAGCUGGGGACAUAUGAGGGACAAAGGCUGAAGCUGGGGGUUACUUUAUGGGCAGCAGAAGAAAGGCUCUGUCAGAAGCUGGAGUAACGUGUGCUCCUCUGAGAAGGAAAAAAAAAUACAAACCAAACCCAAGGCUAGUAACCAAAUGUGCUGCUCUCAGAGGAGAGGGACUGCUGGUGGGAGCUGAACGUGGCAUUUCUGUCCCUACUGGACACCCCAACCUGGCUGCUCCUGGCAGGCAGGAGCCACAGCCCGUGGUGCCUGGGGUGAGGGCAUAGGAGCAUCUGUCCUGGCUUUUACAUUUCCAAGAGAUGUAGAAACAACUGAAACCUCCUAGAAGCAUCAGCUGCUCUGCAGAGGAGGCUGUGGCUUUUUGGCCCAGGGAAGUGGUUUUGAAUUGUGGGUGAAACUGUUGAGGAAGGGGAAGGGGGAGGCUUCAUUUGGUAGUGCUGCUCCUUCACCUGCUGCUCUUGGUGUGGGUGACACUGAGCUUGCCAGCAGGUGCCUGGUGAAGGUUUUCCUAUAAAUUUGUUGCUGAUUCUGAUUUGUCUUCUGUUAGGCUGGAAUUUCACUGAGGGUGACUCUGCUCUUGGUACCCAGAAGGUGCCCGUGGGCCUGGUCAGCACUGUGCUCACUGGCAUCUGUUUCUCUUUUGUGUUAAAUUGACCCUAAAAGCUUAAAGAUUUCCUCCCUCUCCCCUCCUGCAGCCCCCCCAGCUCAGUGUACAAUUGUGCAUGUUUUAGGGAAUCGUUGUGUUCAUUUCUAUGAUCUGUUGUCUUAUGUACAAAUACUUUUUAAAAGAAGAUACUUCCCUUUUAAAGGAUGCACUGAGGCAUUAGUGUAAAGACAAAGUUAACUCGAUUUCAAUAAAAUGACUGUACAGAAGA